AUGCCUGAUAAGAGUCAACACCAGCAGGUGACCUACACGACAUCUACACAGAUGACAAAGACAGGGUGUUACGUGUCAAAUACUACUAAACUGAUAUCACCAGGAAAGUAUUUCACAGCCGACGAAUACCACUACAGGAGGCUAAAAGCAGUGAUAGUCAUACAGACUUAUGCCAGGCGCUGGCAUGCCAUGAGACUGGUAAAGCAGCUGUCGCAUGACAGAAUGGUUAGGUUGGAUUGGGAGAAGAAGGAGGAACUAAGAAAGAAGAAGGAGAAGGAAGACAGGCUGAAAAGGGAAUAUGAGAGGAGGAUGCACCCCAAAACAAAGGAAGACUUUGACCUACUGUACCAUGCUUUGGAAAGUAAGAAUGGAGAAGAAAGGAAAGCAGCACUGUGUGCACUGCUGGAGCAAGGGACACAGCUCAUUGCUUCUAUUGGGAGGCAUAAGCUGGAUGCUAAUGAAGAGAAUAUCAAAAACUCAGUACAAACCUUUUUGGAAAAGGUUCCACAGGAUACAUCACAGUUACAAAAAAAUAUCUACUGCCCUGGAUGUAGAAGAUGUAGAAGUUACCUGUGCUCGACUGAAUUCUCCAUGACAGCAAAUUCAUGCACAAUUGGCAGGUGUCAUCAGUGUAACAAGCUGGAUAAUGUAGCCCAUCAACGAGAAGAUUUAAAUAAAUACAAGAACAUGCUCACACAGCUUAGGCAGGCAGAGGCAGAGUAUGACAAAAAAGCAAAGAUUGCUUUUUUACUGCAGGAACGAGAUCUGCAGUAUCUGCUUGGGAUUAUCUGUGCUACUCAGUCAGCUCUGAGUGCCUGGGAUGACCUUUAUGACCUUGUCGUGGUACAGUGGAACAAAUACUUUGAAUGGUCUCCAUGGAACUGUAUUCUGUUAACAAAAGAAGAGGCAGCUGCACAUUUAAAACUGGACAAUGUUGAGCAGGCAUAUGGAGUUGUGUUCAUUCGUAAAAUGAAGCACAAGCACACUUUGGCAAAGAAAUAUUUCUCACAGAUUCCAGCCAUGGCUCAGUUCUUGCACUCUCGUGAUUCUCAGCCUGCAGCUCCUGGCAAUGACCUUUUAGUAACAAAACCUGCUGUGACCCAGGCCUAAUU